CGGGGAGGCGACCAUGGAAGAAAAGCUCCAGGCGCAUCAGGUGGAGAUCGACCCGGAUUUCGAGCCGCAGAGCCGUCCCCGCUCCUGCACUUGGCCUCUCCCCCACCCUGACUUGGCGGAGGAGGAGGAUGGGGGCGCGGGGGGAACCCCGGCGCUGGCGGCCGGCGGGGACGGAGCCGAGAACGCGGCGGCCCCGGUGGAGCGCAGAGUCGCCGCCGCUCCCCCGCCGCCCCCCGGCGCGGAUGUGGGGCAGCUCCGCAAGGCCAAGACCUCCCGGCGCAACGCCUGGGGCAACCUCUCCUACGCCGACCUCAUCACCAAAGCCAUCGAGAGCUCGCCGGAGAAGCGCCUCACCCUCUCCCAGAUCUACGACUGGAUGGUGCGAUACGUCCCCUACUUUAAGGAUAAAGGAGACAGCAACAGCUCCGCCGGCUGGAAGAACUCCAUCCGGCACAACCUGUCCCUGCACACCCGCUUCAUCCGCGUGCAGAACGAGGGCACCGGCAAGAGCUCCUGGUGGAUGCUGAAUCCCGAGGGCGGCAAGACGGGCAAGACGCCGCGGCGGCGCGCGGUCUCCAUGGACAACAACAGCAAGUUCCUGCGCAUCAAGGGCAAGGCCAGCAAGAAGAAGCAGCUGCAGGUGACGCAGGAGCGCGGGGAGGACAGCCCGUCCUCCCAGCAGGCCAAGUGGUCGGAGAGCCCCGCGUCCCACGCCAGCGACGAGUACGACGCCUGGGCGGACUUCCGGACGCGGGCCAACUCCACGGCCAGCACGCUGAGCGGGCGCCUCUCGCCCAUCAUGGCCAACCACGAGCCGGACGAGCUGGAGGAGGACGAUGGUACCCCCUCGUCCCCGCUGAUGUACCCCAGCCCUUCCAGCACCAUGUCUCCUUCCCUCAGCGCCCGCUGCUCCGUGGAGCUGCCCCGGCUGACCGACCUGACCGGCACCAUCAGCCUGAACGAGAGCCUGGGGGAGAGCAUGCUGGAGGACCUGCAGGAUGGCUACAGCAUGAGCCCCUCCCAGCAGCUCCCCCCGGCCGCCCUGCGCCAGAGGAGCUCCAAUUUCACCUUCAACUCCAAGUGCUCCAGCAUGGGGGCCGCCUCCAACACCUACUGUGGGACCAUCUACAGCCAGCCGGCCAUGAGCCUCAUGCGCCGCCUGCCCAUGCAGACCAUCCAGGAGAACAAACAGGCCACCUUCUCGCCCGUCAGCUCCUACAGGAACGCCUCGCUGCAGGACCUGCUCUCCUCCAUCUCCUACGCGCACAAGGAGAGCAUGGUCCCGGGGGACCUGCCCCUGCCGCAGGCCAGCCCCAUGGUGCCGGCCCGUGGCCACAGACACAACCCGCUGCUGUGCGGGGGCGGGGAGCAGGGCUUGUCCUCCUACCCGCCCCACCCGGGCUCUCUCAUGAAGAGCAACGCGUUGUACCACCCGUCACCAGCCGGUCACCACCCUGCGGUCAACACCAGUGCCUUAGCCAAUCCUGUCAGCCUUAUGAGCCUGCCCAGUGACUCGUGCAGCAUGACGGCCGUGCCGCACCACGGGCACCUGCAUUCCUACGCUAAUAACCAAGGGGCACACAUGAGCUUGCUGGAUUCGCUGCAGGGCCCCUACCCGGGGGCCGUCCACCCCCCCAUGUUGGGCCAAGACAGGUUCCCAGCAGACCUGGACCUGGACAUGUUCAAUGGGAGCCUGGAGUGCGACGUGGAGUCGAUCAUCCUGAAUGACUUUAUGGACAGCGAUGAGAUGGACUUCAACUUCGACUCGGCGCUCCCGCCGCAGAACGGGCUCAACGUGCCCGCGCUGCCCGGGGCGCCGCAGCCCACGAACCAGAGCUGGGUGCCCGGGUGAUGCCUGCCCCGGCGCGGGCUCGCCAGCGGGAAGCCACGAGGGGAACAUUGAGACUAACUUUUUUUUUUUCCUUUCUCUUCUGCCUUUGUUUGUUAAGAUAGGCGAGAGCCAUCAGUCUGAGCUUAAGGUCGAACACGAAACGCAAA